AUGGAAAUUGAUAAUACGCCAGGAACCUAUUUGUGUUCAAAAUGUGGCCAAAUUAAAAAAGGACAUAUAUGUCCAGAGAAAAAAGAAAAAGAGGUUCAACAAGCAGCAUCAGUUGGUGUUAUGCCACAAUUUCUUGGUAUGCAAGGACCUAUGGCAACAAGAAGACAAUACAAUCAAACACAACAACAAAUGCAAACACAGCAAAUGCAAACACCACAGCAACAGCAACAACAACAAUUACAACAACAAAUGCAAACACAAUUUCAACAUCAAAUACUUUUAGAACAAUUGGUUAAUAAUGCAUCACAAUUUGGCGUUUUAUCACCUGAACAAAAAAAAGCAAGAGAAAAGAGUGCAUCAGAUUUUAAUUCACUUUUAUUAUUAGAAAGACAAGAAAGAUAUCCACACUAUUUCGAUCCACAUACCAAAACCAUUCAAGUUAUUAGCAGUUGGGGUAUUAAUGUAUCUGAAAAAUGGAAUGAAAUACCAGAAUAUGAAAAGAAGCUUAUCAACUUUCAAAAUCAACAAAUGGUCAAUAACAGAUAUCUUUAUUUACAACAACAAAGGGAUAUUCAUGAAAUUCAAAAGGAAUUACUAUCCACUCAACAAAAAACCGAAAGACAACUACAAAAAUAUAACGAAUUAAAAUUACAAAGAGAGAAAAAAAUUGAAGAAGCAAUUAAAAAUAUUCCACUACCAAGAACUAAUGUAUCGGCCUAUUUCCACUAUAUGAAUAUAAACCGUGAAGAAGAAAAACAAAAAAAUCCAGAUGUACCCCCAAGUGAUAUUUCUAAAAUUUUAGGUGCAAAAUGGAAACAAUUAACCCCAGACGAACAAAAAGAAUAUUAUGAUAGAGCAAGAGAAGAUAAACAACGUUUUGAUAAUGAAAUGGUCGAAUAUCAUCAAAAAACAAAAGAAGUUGCCGAAAGUUUCCCACAAAUUAAUUUCUAUCUAUUAGCCGAAUCACCUCCACAAAGACAACAACAACAACAACAACAACAACAAAAUCAACAACAAAACCAACAACAAAACCAACAACAAAUAAGAAUUCAACAAAUGCAAUUACAGCAACAACAGUUACAGCAACAACCAUUACAGCAACAACCAUUACAACAUCAAGACCAACAACAAGAGUCUCAAGACCAACAAGAAGAAGAACAAGAACAUGAAGAAGAACAAGAAGAAGAACAAGAACACCAAACAGAACAUUGUGAAACAUGUAACAAUAGUGAUCAACCAAUUAAUUUAAUUAAAUGUUCAGAAUGUCAAAAAAAAUUCCACCCACAAUGUUUAGGACUACAUCAAACUUGUGUCGACUCUAUUAGAAAUAAUACCUUAGCAUGGAAAUGUACAGAUUGUAAGAACUGCGAAGUAUGCCAAAAUGAUGUUGAUGAAAGUAAGAUAAUAAUCUGCGAUGUUUGUGAUAAAGGUUUCCAUACCUAUUGUCUUAACCCACCCCUUAGCUCACCCCCAUCGGGUGGAUGGAGAUGCUCAAACUGUGUAUUUUGUACCCACUGUUAUAUUAGACCAGAAAAUUCCGAAAACAAAAACAUUAAAUGGAAAGACAACUAUACAAGCUGUGAUAGUUGUUUCUCUAAAGGCUUUUCAGAUAAAAGUAAAUAUUGUUCAAUCUGUAGACACUCACUAAAAUCAGAAGAGGAGGAAGAAGACUCUACAACCCAAUGUACCUAUUGUGGUAAACUUGUGCAUGAUGAUUGUGAUUCAAUUAUUACCGAUAAUCUCGAAAACGAACAUUUCAUUUAUAAGUGCCCAGGUUGUUUAGAAAAUAAAUAUGAAGGACCACCAAAAGCCAUUAUUGGUCAAGAAGAAACAAAAACCCCAAAAAAAUCAUUAGGGAAAAGAAAGAAAGAAGAAACUGAUGAAGAAGAC